AUGGACUCUGAAUCGUCUCAUCGCGGGCAGGUUCCGAACAGCCUUGCUAUUGAGAAGAUCAGAGGACUAUAUGAGCAGCGCACGGUGUCCCCGAUUGACGUCGUCCGUUCUGUGUACUCAAGGAUCUCAACUUAUCACGACAAAGCCGUCUGGAUCACUCUAGUUCCGGAAGAUGAAGCACGCUCAAGGGCAGAAGAACUGUCGCAAAAGUAUCCGGACCCGCUGAAGAGACCGCCGCUCUUCGGCAUUCCCUUCUCCGUCAAAGAUUCCAUCGACAUUGCAGGCAUGCUAACGACACUGGCCUGCCCCUCGUACGCAUACACCGCCACCGCCACCGCGCCUGUCGUUCAGAGAAUUCUCGACGCAGGAGGCAUCCUCAUCGGCAAGACCAACCUCGACCAGUUCGCCACGGGUCUCAACGGCACUCGUUCGCCGUACGGAAUCCCGCGUUGUGUUCAUGACCCCGACUACAUCUCCGGAGGCAGCUCCUCAGGCUCCGUCGUCAGCGUUGCCGCGAACUUGGUAUCUUUCACUGUCGCCACCGACACAGCAGGCAGCACCCGUGUACCCGCGGCGCUGAACGGAAUGGUGGGCCUGAAGCCUACCUUAGGCACCAUAUCAACAGUCGGUCUGGUUCCGGCGUGCAAGACGGCCGACUGCAUCACCAUUAUCGCCCCGACUGUCGAUUCCACAAUGGCGGCCCUGAACGUCAUGCAAGCCUACGACGAAGACGACGUCUACGCGCGAGACCCUCAACAGCUAGCCCUCCUCGCCUCGCAGCCCGCAUGGCAAUGGCCAGCCGCAGCCUCACCCCUGCGCUACGGCCUCCCUCCCCAAGACCUGCUCGACAGCUGCCUCUCGCCCUCGUACGCCCACCUCUUCACCCGCUUCCUCGCCGCUCUCCCCUCCCUCAACGCCACCCCCGCGUCCCACAGCCCCUUCACAUACGCGCCCUUUGCGGCCGCAAACGCCAUGCUCUACGGCAGCUCCAUCGUCUCGCAACGCAUCGUCGCCUUCAAAGACUACCUCGCCACCCUCGGCCUCUCCCAACUCCACCCCGUGAUCAAAACCAUCUUCGAAGCCAGCUCCGGCUUCGACGCCGUGCAGGCCUACGAAGACAUCUUCGCCCUCGCUGGACACCGGCGCCUCGCGAGAAAGCAAUUCCGCGGCCUUACCUCUUCCGACGAUGGCGGCGGAAUAGACGUCCUAAUCCUCCCCUCAACAGCCCUCCAUCCAACCGUAGCAGAACUACAAGCGGAUCCCAUCGAGCUCAACAAGCGGCUCGGCAGCUUCACGCACUUUGUGAACCUGCUGGAUCUGUGUGCCGUGUCGGUGCCGGUCGGGGGCGCGAGCUGGGAGAGCGUGAAUGGAAGGGACAUGCCGUUUGGGGUGACGCUGGUGGCGCUGCCGGGGAGGGAGAGGGAAAUGUUGGAGGUGGGGAGGGGGAUUAUGGCGUUGAGGGUUUGA